AUGGCUCACUAUAUGGAAUAUUACGAGAUGCAGAGCGGGGGCGGUGUUCCGAGAGUUUUCACGGGAUCGACGUAUCAGCGUGGUCACGGUAUCGGAAGCAAACUUGAUCUUUUCACUCUACCGCCCACUCAGACCAGUAUCGAGAGAUUGCAAUGGAUUCAUUACAAACCUUUGUCGGCUCUUGCGGACGAUGCUCCCGUGGAGUUUGUCGUACCGGGACAUGCGGUUACUCCGCCUACUUCGGUUACAGCUUCUAGCGCUACUGCUGCAGAGCAUAAAGUAGGGCCUGUAAAUAACUUUUUACAUUCCAUGUUCAAUCAAAUUGAUGUGUACUUUAAUCAAAAGCUUGUGUCGCCUCCGAACAAUGCUUACGCGUAUCGAGCCUAUUUCGAGAAAGUGUUGAAUUAUACUUCAGAGGCAAAAUCCUCUCAUCUCACCACCUGUUUAUGGGAUAGCGAUCCUCCGGGGCUGUUGGAUGACGGCUUUGAUGCUCCAACUGAGAACCCCGUUUUCGUGAGACGUAUGCAGUAUUUCAAAAAUAACCGUGCUGUGGAUCUCAUAGGACAUUUACAUUGCGACGUCUUCAAUCAGGAUAAAUUCUUGAUUAAUGUCGUGGAAAUGCGCCUAAGACUCAUCCGCUCGAAGGAUUCUUUCUGUCUCAUGGAAUCUACGCCACAGACAAGAGUUCGUAUUGUAAACGCUACCUUGAUUAUGAGGAGAGCAAAACUAAGCGCUAGAGUUUUAUUAGCUCACGCUAAAAUGCUGAGCAAAACCAUUGCAAAGUAUCCUCUCACGAGAGUUGAAGUUAAAUCGUUUACAAUCCAUAGAGGAGUGGUGGGAGAAUCACUUGACAACGCCAUACUCUGGCAACUGCCGAAGCGAGUAAUAAUUGGUUUUGUCAAAAAUAAGGCGUUUAACGGCGAUAAAACGGGUAUUCAUUUUCUAAACGAAGGCAAUGCUAUAAGCAGAGAUGCUUAUGCUCACGGAUACACAGUCUUCGCUUUUGAUCUCACACCCGAUUUAUUGGCUAAUUGCGUCGAACAUUGGAAUCUCGUAAAGCACGGUAGUUUGCGAAUUGAAGCACGGUUCGAAAAAGCUCUCGAAACGACUAUUAACUGGCUUGUUUAUGCGGAAUUUGAUAGUGUUUUGGAAAUCGAUUCUUCGCGCCAAAUCAUUGUUGAUUAUAACGGAUAA